AUGUCGACCUCUAUUGCUUCAGGACUUUUCAAGUCCCUUCCCAAACCGAAAUACACUGGUGAGGAGGAGGAGUUGCCACAGCAUGCGCAACCCCGUGGACCGCGCGUGGUGGGCGCCGACCAGAUUGAUGAAACACAGGUUGUCCUACGGAGGACCGGACCUCCGCCCUACGGAAACCGUGCAGGAUGGCGACCUCGCGCCCCCGAAGAUUUCGGGGACGGCGGCGCGUUCCCCGAGAUCCUAGUUGCACAGUACCCCCUUGACAUGGGCCGAAAGGGAAAAUCGUCCAAGUCAAAUGCGCUUGCUCUUCAGGUCGAUGCCGAAGGCAAGGUCAAGUACGACGCGAUCGCCCGCCGCGGACAUGCCGACAACCGCACUGUCCAUGCCUCAUUCAAGGAUUUGAUCCCGCUACGCCAGCGGGUGGAUAUGGGAGAGAUUUCCCUGGACAAGCCGUCUGAGGAGGAGGUCCAGGCUCAGAUGGAGAAGACCAAGGCCGCGCUUGCAACCUUGGUCGAAGGAGCUUCGUCUGCGCAGAAGCCCAAGAACAUGGGCAACAACGGCCGCCAGAAUGACCGCAUUAUGAAGAUUGUCGAGAGACAGCUGGAUCCUAUGGAGCCGCCCAAGUUUAAGCACAAGAAGAUUCCCCGGGGCCCACCCUCUCCGCCUCCUCCCGUCAUGCACUCGCCGCCUAGGAAGCUUACUGCGGAGGAUCAGGAAGCUUGGAAGAUCCCCCCUCCCGUGUCGAACUGGAAGAACCCCAAGGGUUACACCGUGCCCCUGGACAAGCGUUUGGCUGCGGAUGGUCGCGGGCUGCAAGACGUCUCCAUCAACGACAAAUUCGCCCAGUUCGCGGAGGCUUUGUUCACGGCGGAUCGACAUGCGCGUGAAGAGGUGCAGCUCCGAGCUCAAAUGCAGCAGAAGUUGGCAGAGAAGGAGAAGGCACAGAAAGAGGAGCAUCUUCGGAUGUUGGCACAAAAGGCUCGCGAGGACCGCGCUGGCCCCAGCGCUCGCGCAUCGCGGGCUCGGUCCCGCUCCCGAAGCGUCAGCCGCAGUGUAUCUGCAUACUCGUCUAGGUCCGCUACCCCUAGCGAAGAUGAAGAAGCCGCCCGAGAGCGCGCGGAGCAGCGCCGCGAGCGACGCCGCGAAGAUGAACGACAGCUGCGCCAGUCUCGUAUGGGCACAGAGCGCCGCAUCCAGGCCAUGGCCCGAGAACAGAACCGUGAUAUUUCCGAGAAAGUUGCGCUUGGUCUGGCCAAGCCUACACAGAGCUCUGAAUCCAUGUGGGAUUCGCGUUUGUUCAAUCAGACCAGUGGCAUGCAAGCUGGUUUCAAUGAAGAUAACCCCUACGACAAGCCGCUGUUCGCCGCGCAGGACGCCAUCAACAGUAUCUAUCGUCCACGUGCCCAAACUGAUGUCGAUGACGAAGAUGCAGGCGAAGGCGAGAUGAGCAAGCUUGAGAAGACCAAGCGGUUCGAGGUCCUGGGUCGCGCUAAGGAGGGAUUCCGUGGCGCUGCUGAAGCAGAGGAGCGCCAAGGUCCGGUUCAAUUCGAGAAGGACACUGCUGAUCCAUUUGGCAUUGACAACAUGAUUGCCGAUGUGACUUCGGGCCAGAAGCGUUAUGGAAUUCAGGAAGCUGAAGGUGAUGACCGCAAGUCGAAGCGCCCGAGGGUCGACGAUGAAUGA